GAAUGUCAAAUGAGAAAAUAACAACAUGGCUGCCGCAGUAGGUGACAGCCAAGCGCUUCUGCUAUAUCAGUCAAACCGACGUUUGAGUGGUGAUUUGACGUGUUGUGCUGAAUUGAAAUAAGCAGUUAUAAAUAUAUUUAACGGAGUGGUAGAAUCGUCGGUAAAAUGCACCAUGAUUCUAAACGGUCCAAGUAUCAGAGAAGCGAGAGAAGUUCGAGCAGCACGCAUUUGCAUCACAGGAACAACUACACUUCCCAAGAAGAUGAGUUUAUGGAUACACGAAGAAGGGACAGGGAACAGAUCGGUCUUACCGGCGUAGAAAGAGUUUGGGGAAAAUCUCCGACGCGGAUUGACGAUUCGGACGACGAGGAGGAAUCGUCGAACAAACACAGAGACGACUUAACCUCAAAAGAGAAAAAGAAAAGGAAGAAGGAGAAAAAAAAGAAAAGUAAAAAAUUGAAGAAAGAGAAGAAGGCAAAGAAAAGUAAAAAGAAAAGAAAAAAGAGACGGAACUCGUCCAGCAGCUCAGACAACGACGAAAGCGAUUCUGAGCAGCUUCAAUGGGUUGAGAAAAAGACAGUAGAAAAAAGUCGAAAGAGACAUCGUGGCUCCAGCACUGAUGAUAGCGAAGACGAAUUGGUAGGUCCUGUACAAAAACAACACGUCACUCUCUCUGCAAAGGACUUUGGAAAAGCCCUGCUUCCUGGCGAGGGAGCGGCUAUGGCUGCCUAUGUUGCGGAGGGAAAACGUAUACCUAGAAGAGGCGAAAUUGGCCUGACGUCGGACGAAAUCGCGUCUUACGAGUCCGUCGGUUACGUCAUGAGUGGAAGUCGGCAUCGGCGUAUGGAGGCUGUGCGUAUUCGUAAGGAGAACCAAAUUUAUUCGGCGGAUGAGAAGAGGGCGUUGGCGAUGUUCAGCAAAGAGGAAAGGCAGAAGCGGGAAAAUCUUAUCCUGGGGCAAUUCAGAGAGAUGGUUAAUCAAAAGCUUGCUCAGGAACAAAACAAGGAUUGAACCAAACUGUUCAGUCUGAUCAAAUGAUUGAUAUUAAUUUCCUAUAUUACGGAGAAUGUAAAUUUACAUUGAUAUAAACAAAGUGUUGUAAUUUUA